AGAUGAAGCCGUAAUACUCUUAAUUAUGUUCUUUCCUUCUUUUAUAAUCCGGAUAAGUAAAUUUGUGUUUGCCUGUUAAAUUAUAUCUUCGAUUUGAAAUAAUUAUUUUAUUUGACUUAAUAUGUCAAACAAUAUACGAUGUCACUAAUGUUGUUAUUAAAAUAUAGAAGUGUAACUUAGUUCUAAUUAGAUUCACCUUAAAAUCUCAAUGAAAAUAUUAAUCCUUUAUCUUUUUUGUUUGUUUUGUUUUCCUUCUUUAGAUGUUAUUGCCUCGUACUAAAAUUGAGUAUGGUGGAUACUAAUUAACAUUUACUUCUUUGAGUCUCAUCAUUAUUGACUUUCAUCUACUUUUACUAAUUUUUGGCUAAAAGUAUUAAAUUUCAAAGUAGUACAUCGAAGAUCAUGAAAUAUUUUUUUUUUUAAAGGUAAGAUGAAGUCCCUUGCAAGGAAGGAGGAAAUUGGGGAUUCCUCCUUGCAAGGGGUGAGACUUGAUCCCUUCACAUCUGGAAUCGAAGAUGAUACCAAUACCACUAGGCUAUUAUCUGCUGCUCAAAAUCAUAAAAUAAAUAGAGACGAAGAAAGUAUACAAAAGUAAAACUCGUACAUCAAAUACUAAAAAGAAAAUCAAACACGACGAUUAUUUGAAGAUGAUGAAGAUAGCAGAAAAAGUCUUGCUAUUGAUCCAAAAGAUAAAUUUUAUAUUUGAUCUUUGUCAUAAUUUUGGAACCCAUAAUAGUAAGAAAAAAAGCUGGUUUGAGUUGCCUUCAAAUAAAUGCAGUAUCACAUUUUUAUGAAGCAAUCAAGCACCAACAUUUUCUGUUAGCUAGGCUCUCCUUGUCAAUCAAACAUAAAACAUAUACCAAAGAAUAUCCCAAUAUAUCUCAUGCUUGCCUUAACAAAAUGGGAAACAAAAAAUUAAUCCUUUGGAAGUACACUCUAGUGAUUUUACUAUUCUACCCCUAUUAAACAUAGGCAACAAAACAAUCAAUUUUACCUACACAUACAUUUUGGCCCUUUUGGGGUUACUCUCAGAAUAAUGUACUCUACCAAACUUAACCAAAACUAUAACAUAUGAUAUAUUCUUCUUAGAAUAAUAAUGUAAUGAGAAUGGAGGGGCAAAAUGGGAAACCAUGCAAAAUAUUCUCUCUCCUCUCCCUCUUCCUCCUCUUGCAUACAAUGUUAUGUUUUGUGGGAGUACUGGUGGUGGUGGCUGAGCCAAGGACAGUAAAAAAUCUUGAGGUGCAGAAAGAUUUACCAUUCAAGAUUUUACUGUUUGCAGACUUGCAUUUUGGUGAGGACGCGUGGACAAUGUGGGGCCCUCUUCAAGAUGUUCAUUCUACCAAAGUUAUGGCUUCUAUUCUUGAUCAAGAGAAACCAGACUUUGUAAUAUAUCUAGGAGAUGUUAUCACAGCUGAUAAUAUACCGAUACAAAAUGCAAGUCUUUACUGGGAUCAAGCGCUCGCACCAACAAAAGAUAGGUGCAUUCCUUGGGCUAGUGUUUUUGGUAACCAUGAUGAUGCUCAUUUCGUGUGGCCAACAGAGUGGUUUUCAGAUAGUGGGAUUCCCCCUCUGAAGUGCUCGUCAGUGAGUUCACCAUCUUCAGGGGAGGACAAUUGCAGCUUCAUGGGUACAACACGUUUACAAUUGAUGGAUCGCGACACUAGAAACAAUGCGUUAUCAUUUUCCGAGAAUGGUCCAAGAAAUCUAUGGCCUAGUGUGUCUAAUUACGUUCUCAAAGUUUCAUCGUCGAAUGAAUCAGAAUCAUCACCAGUAGCUUACCUAUACUUCCUAGAUUCUGGAGGAGGGUCUUAUCCUGAAGUCAUAUCAAAUGCACAAACAAUUUGGUUUAAUAGCACAUCUCAAGAAAUCAAUCCUGACUCAAGGGUGCCUGAGAUAAUCUUUUGGCACAUUCCUAGCAGAGCUUAUGAAACUGUGGCACCGUCUGGUGUGAUAAAUAAACCUUGUGUAGGAUCAAUAAACAACGAGAGUGUGGCUCCUCAAGAUGCUGAGCUCGGAAUCAUGAAGGCCUUGGAAGCUCGGCCUUCAGUUCAGGCGGUGUUUGUGGGUCACAACCAUGGACUAGACUGGUGUUGUCCUUACAAAAAGUUUUGGCUUUGCUUUGCGCGGCACUCUGGUUAUGGUGGUUAUGGAAGUUGGGCUCGAGGAGCACGAAUACUCGAGAUCACCGAGAAGCCAUUCUCUCUCAAAUCAUGGAUUACGAUGGAGGAUGGUGCUGUACAUAGUGAAAUAUGCUUGAGUUCUUGAUGAUGCUUAUUUGUCUCUGGUUCAUUAUACCAAAAAACAUUACAAUUAAUAACUACUCCCUUAUUUCUAAUUUGAUUGCAACACUUACUAUUUCUAAAA